CAUUUGAUAGCAACACAACUGAAAUGGGAGGAAUAUGCUCAUGCUGCAAAACUCAGUCUGAACAGUGGCCGGAUAGGGAAGCUGAUCACCUCAUAAACGCGAGUGACAGUGCAGCAAGUUCUCUGGACUCUGAACCAUGCCAAGGAGAUCCACCCGGGGGCGUCAUUGCUCACCAAGGCUGUCCUUCUGACACAGAUGUCCCAGAACCGUCUGGAUGCUUUGAACAUGAAGCAGAUGUUCAACAGAAACACAGGGAGACUCUGCGGGCACAAACUGAAACACUGAGAGUGAACACGAUCCUGGGCGAGAAGGUGAAGGCUUUCCAGCUGGUUGAUCGAUACGCUGAGCUCACGGUCAUUUCUACUGUUCGAGACCGGAGACUGGUGGAAGAUGAGUUGCUGGCAAGAGGCAGAGACCACGAGGAGUGGAGAGAGAAACAUCUCAAUGGCGAGCUGGAAAAAAUCCGGUCUGAUCAGUUGUUCCAGAGCAGCUUUUCCCACAGUAAAUCUAAAUCUGGGAGUUCGGCAGCAGUGGCCGGAGCCCCAGCGAUCGGGAAAACAACAAUGGUACAAAAGAUUGUUUAUGACUGGGCCGCAGGGAAAAUAUACCAACAAUUCCAGUUUGUCUUCAGUUUCAAGUUCCGGGAUUUGAACUCCAUCAACUGCAGAAUAAACCUGAGGGAACUGAUUCUGGAUCAGUAUCCUUACUUUGGGAAUUUGCUGAGAGAGGUCUGGAAGAACCCAGAGGGAUUGCUGUUUAUAUUUGAUGGUUUGGAUGAAUUCAAGCACAAAAUCGAUUUUGCUGACAGUCGGAGAGAUACAGAACCCAAGCACCAGUGUCCAGAUCCCGAGUGGUGGUGUGAAGUGUCGGAUAUUGUGUACAGUUUAAUCCAGGGCAAGCUGCUCCCAGGGUGUUCAGUGCUGGUGACCACCCGCCCCACUGUGUUACGUUUAUUGGAAAAGGCAGAGAUCAGUGUCUGGGCUGAAAUCCUGGGAUUUGUUGGUGAGGAACGGAAGGAAUAUUUCAACAGGCAUUUUGAAGAUCAGACGGUGGCGGCAGCUGUUUUCAAACACGUGAAGGAGAACGAGAUCCUGUACACCAUGAGCUACAACCCCUCCUACUGCUGGAUCCUCGCUCUGGCACUGGGCCCCUUCUUCACAAAAAGAGACAGGGAUCCACAGCAAGUUCCCAAGCCCGUCACCCAAAUCUAUUCCUACUAUAUUUACAACAUCCUGAAAAACCACGGCCGUGAGAUUGAGAGUCCCCGUGAUGUGUUGCUCAGGGUUGGUCAAAUGGCCUUCAGAGGAGUGUCCGAGAGGAAGAUUGUGUUUACAGAUGAAGAUUUGAUCAACUACAAUCUGCAGCCUUCCCAGUUCCUGUCCGGGUUCCUGAUGGAGCUUCUGGAGAGAGAGGAUUCUGCCCGGUGUGUGGUGUACACAUUCCCACACCUCAUCAUCCAGGAGUUUGUAGCUGCAGUCGCACAAUUCCUGAAUCCACAUCCCGGGGAUAUCCUCAAAUUCCUUACAAAAGCCCACAACUCGACAGAUGGGCGAUUUGAGGUAUUUCUCCGUUUUGUUGCUGGUCUCUCCUCCCCAAUGGCAUCUCAGGGCUUGGAGGAGUUUCUGGGUCCAUUUGUUCAACAAACAAUCUGCCGGGUGAUUGACUGGGUGAAGGAGGAGUUUAAACACCAGAGUGGAAACACAGAGAGUGAAGCUGGUAAAAGGAGCCUCCUGAGCACAUUGCACUACCUGUUUGAGUCUCAGAAUCCAGAACUGGCUCAGGCCGCACUGGGAUCUGUGGAAACACUUUCAUUCAGUGGAGUGACACUGACCCCGAUUGACUGCGCGGUCCUGUCUCAUAUCAUCGGACUCUGUGAUUCAGUAAGUCACCUCGACCUGGUUCACUGCCACAUUCAGUGUGAAGGAAUCCAGCAGCUGGGACCCGGACUGCACAACUGCCCAGAGUUGAGACUUGCGUGGAAUAAACUGGAAGAUUCAGGAGUGAAACUGGUGUCUGAGGCUUUGAGGAACCCGGAGUGUAAAAUACAGAAACUGUGGCUGAACUGUGUCGGUCUCACAGAAUCUGGUGUUAAAGAUCUCACCUCAUCUCUCAGUACAAACCGAUCACUGACUGAGCUGGACCUGAGUGAUAAUAAACUGGGAGAUUCAGGAGUAAAACUAUUAUCUGAGGCUCUGAGUAACCAGAAGAGUAAAAUACAGAAACUGGGGCUGAACCAUGUUGGUCUCACAGAUUCUGGUGCUGAGGAUCUCACCUCAUCUCUCAGUGCAAUCCAAUCACUGACGGUGCUGAACCUGGGACUGAACUCGCUCACAGACCAAUCUGUUCCCGCUCUCCGCAGCCUCAUACAGACCCUCCCGAGUCUGGAACGGGUUGUGCUGGACUUGGAUCGGUUCAGUGAGACCGGGAGGGAGGAACUGAGAUCUCUGCAGGAAUACUGGCCCAGACUGAGAGUGAUCCUGUGAAAAUUGGGGAGUGUGAACAACACCCCACCACCACGGGAUGGAGACAUCUUGGCCGAAAUCCCGGCCUCACUUGGAACAGCGCCCUCUCCUUUAACGGCUGCUCACCAGGUUUAAUUCCCAACAGUGGUGACGGAAAUUCCUGCGCAGUGACGUCAGAGCCCGUUCCACCGCCAGGUAGCUCUGCCUCCAGUCCAGCGGCCGCUGUUCCCGCCAGAUGUGCGGGUCCGAGUGCUCCCCCUAGUGAGGCCCUGGGGAAUUACACAGGCAGGAAGAGCCUGGGGGUGGGGGACGGGCUCAGUCUGGGACUCCAGUGUCCCGGGAUGGGGGGAGAAUCCUUCCACUCACUUUGCUGAGGAGAGGUACAUUUCUUCAGUCUGGCCGAUAGAAUGAUGGCAACUUGACAACUACCUCAGUGUGACCCUGGAUCUGCAGCGAUCUCGGACACUGCCCUGAAGAGCGAUUUUAUUGUCAUUGCUUCCCCGAUGCAGAGUGAGACAGCGAGAAACGGGACUGAAUAUUCAACCUGUCGCUCGGUAAUUGUGUGUGGCUGUGUGUGAUGCCGGGGCAUCUAUCUAUUCGCGCACCUUAGCAGGUCACCCAACGAUUACCGUACAUCAGUCGUGAGGAAAUCAAUAAACCACAGUGACUCCGUGUCUUGGUGCCGGACAUGAGCCUACUUAAGGAGAAACAGUGACCCGAGGUUGCUGCUGCCCUGUUCAAUAUCACAGUGGUUCAGAGCUCCCCUCACUCUCACAGCCGCGCCUCACUUCCAAGCCGAGUGAGGUCGCUCUCGGGGAAUCUGGUGUCCGUGAUCUCGUCCCUCGCCGACACCGCACUCUCCUCGUUUCCCCCACCUCCCCACGGCCUCCUCUCCACCCUGCCCACGCGUACGCCCCAGUAAACCCGCCACGCUCUCCUCUCUACCUCAUCCCAGGGAAAAAUAACCACAACAAGUCCAUCAGACACAGAAGCAGAAUGAGGCCGUUCAGCCCAUCGAGUCUGCUCCGCCGUUCCAUCACGGCUGAUCCCGGAUCCCACUCCACUCCAUACACCUGCCUCCUUGCCUUAUCCUCGGAUGCCCUGACCGAUAGGAAACGAUUAACUUCCUCCUUAAAUAUUCAAAGGGACUUGGACUCCACCACGGUCUGUGGCAGAGCAUUCCACAGAUUCACUACCCUUUGGCUAAAAAAAAAUCCUCCUUAUCUCUGUUCUAAAAGUUCUCCCCCCAAUAUAGAGGCUGUGCCCUCUAGUUCUGGAUACCCCCACUACAGGAAACAUGCUCUCCACAUCCACCCCACCCAAUUGCCCACCAUUGAGAACAUCUACUAUAAACGCUGCCUGGGCAGGGCGAAAAGCAUUAUCAGGGAUGCAUCUCACCCUAACCACGGACUUUUUACUCUCCUCCCAUCCGGUAGGCGCUACAGGAGCCUCCGCUCCCGCACCAGCAGGCACAGGAAGAGCUUCUUCCCUGAGGCUGUGACCCUGCUGAACCUCUCAUCACAGCACUAAGCAAUAUUGCACCCGUAUUGUACUGUCUCAGUACUUUCAUAUUUGUGUGCUGUAACACUUACUUCUAACUCGCAGUUAUUUUGUAAAUACUGUAACA